AUGAUACUUAGUGAGCCAUUUAAGUUCAUUGCGAUUAUUGAGAAAUUAUCAAAAAAGUGGAAAGAUUUUAAGAACUACCUGAAACACAAAUGUAGAGAAAUGAAACUUGAAGAUUUGAUUGUAAGAUUAAGAAUUAAAGAAGUUAAUCAAAAUUCUAAGAAGAAAUUUGGAAAGCUGCAACUGAAGGCUAAAAUUAAUUUGAUGGAGCCAAAUACUAGCAAGAGAAUGAAGCACUCUAAUAAUAGCAUGCAAAAGAGCAAUGUCAAGAAAUUCAAACGAGAUUGCUAUAACUACGGUAAGCCUAGUCACACUGCAGAAGACUGCCGACAGAAAAUGCAAAACAAAAAGGACCAACCACACCUGACAAAGGAAGACAAAUUGUCUAACGAUGUGUCCGAACUAAUGAUCUCAGUCAUUGUAUAUGAAAACAUGGUGGACAAUUCGAGGGAAUGGUUCGUAGAUACUGGUGCGACUAAUCACAUUGUGUUGAUAAUGAGAUGUUUUCAUCUUACACUCUUAUCAAUGGAAGACGACUGUACAUGGGUACAGUUAUAUCUGUUUGCUAAGAAACAAAGACGAUGCCUUACAAGCAUUAAGCAAUACAAGAAUGAGGUUGAGAAUCAACUUAGUAAACAAAUAAAAGUUGUUCGUGGUAAUAGAGGUGGAGAAUAUGGAGCACUGUUUGAAGAUUUUUGUUUAGACUCUGAGAUUAUUCAUCAAAUUACAGCACCUUAUUUACCUUAG